UUCUUUUUGAAUCUCCGCUCCCACGGUGCCGCGGCGCUCCAGGCCACGGCCAGGCGCUACGGCUGGGGUGCGGCGGGGAGUGGAUCUUACCCCCCCCAACCCCCGCGGAGACAGCGGAGCGCGGUCGCCUGCGGGGAGCAGGCAGAGGCGGCCGGGUCGCCUGUCCAGCGCCGACGCAGUGAGCUCACAGGGCGGUCCCCAAGGCGGGGCGGGGCGGCGCGCGCUGGGGGGUGGAGGAGGGAGGUUGUGGUUCCGGUUCCGUCACCCAGACACGUGAAGGUCGGCAAGUCGGUUCUGUGCUCGCCUCGGCCCGCGUGGUCGCGCCGGGAUGGAUUCCUCCUCGUCGUCUUCGGGCGCGGGUUUGGGCGCGGUGGACCCGCAGUUGCAGCAUUUCAUCGAGGUGGAGACGCAGAAGCAGCGCUUCCAGCAGCUGGUGCACCAGAUGACGGAACUUUGCUGGGAGAAGUGCAUGGAUAAGCCUGGGCCAAAGUUGGACAGUCGGGCUGAGGCCUGUUUUGUGAACUGUGUUGAGCGCUUCAUUGACACAAGCCAAUUCAUCUUAAAUCGACUGGAACAGACCCAGAAGUCCAAACCAGUCUUCUCAGAAAGCCUUUCUGACUGAUCUCAGCAUUACCUCUUUGGAAAAGUAGUUCAAGAAAUGAAGAGCUGUUGAUGGGAUGGUUGAAGAAAUGGCUAUGGGGGGGGGGUUGGCUCCCAGUUUUCUUUAUCAUCUUGGGACAUCUUGUCACCUGAGAACGAACAAAGACCAAUUUUUAUGUAUGGGAGUUGAGAGUCAUGUGUAUUUGGUUGUGUUUUUAAAGCUAAUCAUGUGAAAAUAAUUGACAGAUAAAUGAAAUUAUGAGAUGCAUAUUACUGUGUAUGGGACUAUGCUUUCUCAAGGUCCCUUAACUGCUUUAUAUAAUUUUGAUAGUGGAAGUGCUUUCUAUAAUUUGAUAGUGGGACCACAUAGGGUAAAUCUCUAUUUGUAUGGAUUCAUUUCUGAUUUUUUUAGGGAGAUCUUAGUGUCAGAAAGAGUAACAGUGGGGAAAUAACCUGGCACUGUUUAACCAUGAGCUUUCUUAUCUUUAUAAGUUCGACUAUCAGAGCUGAAAAAAUUCUAUGGGUGUUCAUAUAAUCCAGCCUUUUAGGUUGUCUUUCUCCCCUAUACUGUGAUUUACUUAAAUAUCAAAUUGAAAAUAUGGUCUCAAGGUAGAACGGGCAGCCUGAGAAUCUAGAGGGCUUUAGUUAGUUAUAAAGGAAUCUAGCUCAUGAGCAAAAUUCGUACUACCAGACUGCCACAGGAGGAAGUUAACCUACUCUGUAUAUCAGGAUACAAAACCUUCACAGAUGUGCCUAAAGAGAUGCUAAUGAUUUAGGCCAGUCAGAAACUAACAACAGUUUCAGGUAGAGGUGCAUGCCUGAUGUCAGUCAUAAAUUCCAUUACUGCAUUCUUUCUUUCGGUCACUGAAAUAAAAGCUCUGCAAGAUCAA